AUGACUGAGGGAACGUGUUGUUUCAGACACGUGUGGAGACGAGGUGGACCUUCAAAAACAGAACCAGCUACAGACCUGAGCCGCUGGAGGCUGACCUCUGUGGAGGGCAGGCAGAUCUGGGACUAUGUGGAGGAUCAGGACACCCCUGACAGAGAACAGACCAUGCUGGAAGCUCAUUCUCUGGGCUUGGACACUAGUAAGUUUGUGCCAGACUCCCCAGCUGCCCAGACUGCGUUGGAUGCUGUUAUGAAAGGUAUGAACUUCUUCAGUCAACUCCAGGUAGAAGAUGGUCACUGGCCUAUGGAAUACGGCAGAAUCCUGUUUGUGCUUCCUGAUUUUCUUAUUGUAUGUCAUGUAACAAAAAUUCAACUGCCUGAGAUCUGGAAGAAGGAGAUGUUGCGGUACCUUCGCUCUACUCAGCUGCCUGAUGGAGGCUGGGGCCUACACGUUGAAGACAAGUCUACUGUGUUUGGGACAGCACUGAACUACAUCGCAAUGAGGAUACUGGGAAUGGAUCCUAAUGACCCGGAUAUGGUUCAUGCUCGGAACAACCUACACAGCAAAGGUGGUGCAGUUGGGAUUCCAUCUUGGGGUAAAUUCUUGCUCGCUGUUUUAAAUGUCUACAGCUGGGACGGAAUGAAUGCAUUACUACCAGAGGUAUGGCUGCUCCCCACGUGGUUCCCGGCUCAUCCUUCAACUCUGUGGGCUCACAGCCGGCAGGUCUACCUACCUAUGACCUACUGCUACGCUGUUCGACUGACUGCACAAGAAGACCCUCUGAUUCUCAGCCUCAGACAGGAACUGUAUGUCCAGGACUAUGCCACCAUUGACUGGCCUGCUCAGAGGAACAAUGUGGCAACAUGUGACCUGUACACACCUCACAGCACACUACUGAAUGUCGUCUGCAUGGUGUUGAAUGUGUAUGAAGCCCACCACAGCACUACACUGAGAGAAAAGGCUGUCAAAGAGCUGUACGAGCACAUCCAGGCUGAUGACCGCUUCAGCAAGUGUAUCAGCAUCGGAGUGGUCUCCAAGCUUAUAAUUAUGUUGGUUCAAUGGUAUGCAGACGGUCCAUCCUCUGCAGCUUUUCAAGAGCACGUCUCCAGGAUUCCCGACCACCUCUGGAUGGGAUUGGAUGGCAUGAAAGUGCAGGCAAUGAAUGGAUCUCAUCUCUGGGACACUUGUUUUGCUGUUCAGGCUUUUCUUGAGGCUGGAGCUCAGAAUGACCCCAAACUGUCGGAGUGUCUUCGUAGGGCCCAUCGAUUUCUCAUGAGUACACAGGUAACUGAGAAUUAUCUUGAUUACCAGAAAUACUACAGACAGAUGAGCAAGGGAGGAUUUCCCUUCAGUACCCAUGACUGUGGCUGGAUUGUGGCUGACUGCACAGCAGAAGGGCUGAAGUCGGUGAUGCUACUGGAGGAGCUCUGUCCCUCCAUCGAGCAGCCCAUUGUCCCUGAACGUCUGUAUGAAGCUGUCAAUGUGCUGCUGAGCAUGAGAAACAAAGAUGGUGGAUUUGCCACAUAUGAAACUAUGAGAGGAGGAAGACUCCUGGAGCUGCUGAACUCCUCCGAGAUGUUUGGCAACAUCAUGAUAGAUUACACAUAUGUGGAGUGUACCUCUGCAGUAAUACAAGCUUUGAGACACUUCCAGAAGUCCUACCCUGAUCAUCGCUCAGACGAGAUAAGAUCCACUCUGAGAGAAGGUCUGGAGUUCUGCAGGAAGGUGCAGAGACCUGAUGGAUCCUGGGAAGGGUCCUGGGGAGUGAGUUUCACGUACGGAACCUGGUUGGGCCUCGAAGCCUUCGCCUGCAUGGAUCACACUUAUGAGAACGAGGAGGUACCUGACGAGGUCCAGAAAGCUUGUCGGUUCCUGUUGGACCGGCAGAUGUCAGACGGAGGCUGGGGGGAGGACUUUGAAUCAUGUAAGCAGCGGCGCUACAUCCAGAGCAGCAGUGCUCAGAUCCACAACACCUGCUGGGCUUUGCUAGGACUCAUGGCUGUCAGACAUCCUGACCAGCUGGCCAUUGAGAGAGGAGUUCAGAUGUUGAUUGAGAAGCAGCUGCUCAAUGGAGACUGGCCACAGGGAAACAUCGCAGGCGUGUUUGCCAAGAACUGCGGCAUCAAUUACGCCUCCUACAAAAACGUCUUCCCCAUCCUGACUCUCGCGCGCUUCACGAGGCUUUACCCGCUGGCUGGGCAGCUGAAUCUGUGA